AACAAUGGCCUGCUUCGAGCGUCACUUUCAUAGGAGGAGUUAUUGAGGACUCACGCGCACGGUCGACAUCACAGCAGACGUCAAGGCGUGCGCCCGGUAUCCUCCCCUGCCGCGCACAAAACAGUAUUGGCAUCUGUUCAUCAUGGCCUCUCUCAGACGAAUCCUCUUCUCUCGUUUCCUGGAUCUAUCUGCUUCAACGAGUCUCCUCGUCCCUUUUCCCGAGACACCUGGACGGGCUAUACAACACGCAACCCCGAGCCAGCAUUUCGCGUGCUUAAGAGGAAGGAGGGAAGAGAUGCUGGCGAUAGCCAUGGGUGGUAGACCGAUAAGCUGGCUAUUGCGCUACCCUGAUCUACACGAUUCCUUGUCCUUGCGAGAGGAAUACUGCCGCGUGCUCGUGGACAAAGUCAUCUGGAGAAGGUUCUCAUGCACCACUGAUCAUCGAUCACGUACGAAAACUCUGUCGUAGAUUUUACCACCACAUCUGCCGCAUCUAUCGUUCGACCUUGUCGAGCAAAUCAGACAUCAGGCAAAUCCUUACCGAACUCGCCGCUACCGACAUCUAAUUUUGGCCGCGUCUCAUACGUAUAUGCCCUGACGAUACCAUUCAUCCCGGU